AUGACCCCAAGGUUGUGGGCAAAUGUGUGUCCUGCUGAGUUGCACUUCGUUUACGGUACUAGGGUACCAGGUGAGAGGGGUAGUCUCGAUGGCGAAGUGAAUUGGGAAGUUCUUAAGCUGAAAUACUUGGAUACUGACUUGGUUCAGUUUGUGCAAGAUAACAUACCGGUUCUAGAGGGUGCUAGAGAUCAAGCUAGAGUGACGUUAUCCGAGUAUUUGGAGUUGUGGCGUAUGAAGCAAUCUAAGUAUCUUGAGAGGUUAAAUCAAGAUAAGGAUCGAAGGUAUACCCCUGCGCUCUUCGAUGUAGUGUUUAUGUCGAAGGGGUCGGAUUUAGUGAUUGGUAACCAUCUGGAUACUAGGUGGUAUGGUCCUGGUACAGUGACGAGUUUGAAAGGAAGUGCUCUAGUUGGGGUCACCCCGGGGAUUGUUAUCCCAGGGUUAGGUGGAGUUGCUGCAGAUGCCCAAGGUUCGGCUGCUGAAGUCCCUGAAGUAUAUGGGGUAGAAGAGAGUUUCCCGUUGAGGAAUUUAAAGCAUGCGGGUGCAUUGCAAAAGCUGAUUUAUGAUCACCUUUUGAAGGGGAAGCGAGUCUAUUGCGAGGCCGACGGUACUCUCAAAUGGUUUGAAUAUAGCGAAGAGCAGCGAAGGUUGGAUGGAGAGAGGGUCCGACAGCUGAGGACGCGGGCGGCAGGCAAGAAGGAGAGAGAAGGGUCUCCUGAGGAGGGUUGUGAUCUCGAGCGUUCGAUUGACAUCCCGAAGGUAAAGGAUGAAGGGCUAAGGAAGGAGUUGGGUGUCUCUGAGGUUUUCAAGCUCGGACACUUCAUGACGGUUCAUCCGCCUAAGGGUUCUUUCGUGGUUUCCACGGCAAUCCCUUAUGUGGGUCUAGCCCAAGUAUUAGGUGAAAAGGAAAGCUCUGAAGAUUGCAUUAAGUUGCAGCCGAUGACUGUGGUGCAUCGUGAUCAUGGUCUUGUGGUUGCUCCAGUUAGGGAUAAGGGUGUCUUCACUACCACUCUAGACAAGUUGGUGUAUGUGAAGCCCGAAGGUUCGAUGUGGACGAGGCGACGCUGUGAAGAUUUGGAGGAGUUGCUGAAGGUCGUCUUGAGCCGCGUCACUCUAUAG